AUGGCUGCCUUUCUCACCACCUCUGGUCAACAACUCACUCCAAAUCACCAGCAAAACUCUGUGGUCGAGAUCAACAAUGCAAAGUCUAAACGUGAAUUCAAGAAGAACUGUGCUAUUAAAUCCCUCAAAGCAUCAGACCACAGAUGGGAUGCUUCUAUCCCUCUAAGUCAGCAAAUCCACCCUUCCCUCUCUUUAACUGCCUCUCCUUUUACUGAAUACCUUUUGCAAAACUCCUUCGAUGUUGAUCCGGCACACUGGACCUUUUCCUACAAGAAAGUCGCCAAUAAAGUCAAACCUGUUGCCAUGACAAUGCUCACACAUGCACAUAUCAUCCGCAAAUUUCCUGUAGACCCACUCCUUUCUCCUACCUCCCUAUUCUUGUGGCCCAAGGAACGUAAACUUGCUGCCCAAGUUUUGACCAACAACAAGUUCGCUCUUGCAUGGGACGAAACCAAAAAGGGUCGUUUUUCGGCAGCAUCCGGAACAUCCCAUAAGGCCCCUGCAGUGUGGUCAAAGGCAGAGGAAACUGCCUUUCUUGAGUUCCUCUUGAAGGACCUUCCUUCCUCAGGCGAUGGGGGCUUCAAGAUGUCCACUUUUAAUCAGGCAGCUACCCACCUUAAGGAGAAAUUUACACAGCAGAGGGGCGCAGAGAAGACUGGUCUAGUUUGUAAGAAUAAAUGGACAAUGUUAAAGAAAGCAUAUCAUAGUGUCAUUGAGAUAAAGUGCACUUCGGGUUUCACAUGGAGUGAUGAGCAUGGAGCAGGUAUUGCCGAUCGAAAGGAUGAUGUCUGGGCACGGUUUACCAAGUCACAUCCUCAUGCAAAGCCCUUUAUGACAAGGGGCUUUGACCACUUUGAGAUCAUGGAGCAGUUAAUGCCAAAUCAGUUGAAGGGCGCAUAUGUUUUCCGGCCCACCACAACAGCUGUCUCAUCAUCCAUUUCCCCAGCAACAGAGAGUGCAGCAUCGAGUGCAGCACCUCCACCACCAGGGCCACCAUCAUCAAUUGACCCAGAUCUCCUUGAGCCACCCACUCCAUCUACCUAUCUUGCACCUUCUACCAAUGGCUCCACCACAGACUUGGCAUGGACGAGCAUCAGCCAUAGCAAACAUAAGUACAGUGCACUUGCUGCUGGCUCAACUGCAAGCUCCUAG